CGCCAACAGAAUUUAAAGCUGACAAUCUGCUGAGUAGCAUUGAAAUUCAGAACAAUUCCCUCUGCAAUGGAUGAUUGGAGCAGCAGUAACAAACUCAUACAGAGGCUGGAUUUUUCCAGAUGUGGAGAAGACAGUGAGUUGGAAGAGGAUAUUAGCUUAAGAGUGGAAGAUACGAAGCAUGUCACUCCACAGAAAAAUUGUGAGUUUCAGAACUGGAGAACGAAUUCUCCUUUCCCAGUGACCCCUCAGAGACAAUUGAAUGAUUGCUCUCCGGCACGCCCAGGUUCUUGGGUGAAUCCUAUCAGGGGAUGUAGGGGAUCUUUGCGAAAGAAAACUGUCCCUUUGGAAGAUUAUCCUGGAACUCCUUUGCAUUAUGUUACUUGGCAGAAGCUGCAACUCUGUGAUACCCCGAAUACUCCAAAGAGUCUCUUAAGUAAGACAGCUUUCCCUUCACCUGUGGGAAAACUUCCCUCCAAAGGGAUGAGGAACUUGAGAUUCACUUCCUGUCCUGACCCAGAGGAGGCUCCUCCAGCUUCUUUGGUUAAUAUUAAUCCAUUUACACCUGAAUCGUAUCGACAGAUGGUCUUCCAUCCCAGUGGCAAGAGGAAAGCCAGAGGGGAGUCAGAGGAUCCCAACCAAACAGAUGGACCAAUGGAGCUGGGAAUGCCUGCCAAGAGAUUCCUCUUGCGUGAGAGCAACAUGGUUUCCCGCUACAAAAAGGAAUUCCUUGAGCUGGAGAAGAUUGGUGUGGGGGAAUUUGGUUCUGUUUAUAAGUGCAUCAAAAGACUGGAUGGUUGUGUCUAUGCCAUCAAACGCUCAAAGAAACCCCUUGCUGGGUCCUCAGAUGAGCAGAUGGCUUUGCGGGAAGUCUAUGCACAUGCAGUACUUGGUCAUCAUCCCCAUGUUGUCCGUUACUACUCUGCUUGGGCAGAAGAUGAUCACAUGAUCAUACAGAAUGAGCACUGCAAUGGUGGGAGCCUUCAGGAUGUGCUUUUGGAAAAUUCAAAGACAGCAGAUUAUUUCAAAGAAUCUGAGCUGAAGGAAAUUUUAUUGCAAGUCUCCAUGGGACUGAAAUACAUUCACACUUCUGGCCUGGUUCAUAUGGAUAUCAAACCCAGCAAUAUUUUUAUAUGCCGCAGUCUACCUGGGUCUGCUGGUCAAGAGGAGAGUGAUGGGGAAGAUGAUGAUAUUGCUACUUCAAAUGUGGUAUAUAAAAUCGGGGAUCUUGGACAUGUGACGUCCAUAACCAAUCCACAAGUAGAGGAGGGAGAUUGCCGCUUCUUGGCCAAUGAAAUCUUGCAAGAGCAAUAUUGCUAUCUGCCCAAGGCAGACAUCUUUGCUCUUGCCUUAACUAUUGCUCUGGCAGCAGGUGCGGCUCCAUUGCCUGCCAAUGACACCCCGUGGCACCACAUCCGCAGAGGCAACCUUCCACGUAUCCCUCAGCAACUGUCAUGUGACUUUACAGAACUGCUCAAGCUUAUGGUUCAUCCUGACCCAGUAGUGAGGCCAUCAGCUGCUGCACUAACCAAGCACUCUCUCCUCCGACCAUCUCUUGGCAAGGCUGCCCAGCUUCAGGAACAGCUCAAUGUGGAGAAAUUCAAAACUGCUAUGCUGGAAAGAGAGCUGAGAGCAGCCCGGGUUGCCCAAGCCUUUCAAAAGGAUCCAUCUUUAGAACGGACCAGAGCACAAGAAUCUGGAAUUGGUUUAAGGCAUCAAAACACCAAGAAGCGGCUGGUGGGAGGAAAAAAUACUCGAUCUUUUAGUUUUACCGCUAGUGGCUAUCGAGGACCAGGAUAUUCUAGUCAUUCAAAUAACUGAAAGGCAGUGUGAAAAGUGCUCAUUUGGUUGAGAAAGUCAUAUUUUUACCUAAAUAUGUCAAUGACUCCAAGGAACCAUAGUGCUGGUUUGGAUCUUUCACUCUACAAGAACAACGUAUUAUAUUACCACAUAAACCACCUUAGUCUUCUCUGAAUCCAACAGCUAUAACUCAUAAAUCCAAUCAGACAUAUACCUCAGAAGAGGCUCAUGACAAAACUUUUAAGCAGAACAAAUCUUCAAAGUAA